AAGUUUGUAUGGCGAGCGGCGCCAUGCCGUUUGUAUUUACGGUUUUCCGAGAAAAAUCUCGUCCUUACAUGUUAUCGCCGGGUAAUCUCGCGUAAGGAAAGGGUUCUCGUCGCGCGGGACCAAUGGUUAUCGAUGAUCGACGACGUCCGGUCGAGCGCGAUAUGCGGCAUCAUGUCAUGCCAGCGCUCUCGGCCGGCUUUGGCGAACACAUUGAGGAGUACGAGGUGCUGAAUCUGCUGGGCAAGGGCGGCUACGGGAGCGUUUAUCGAGCGAAAUGCCUCCGCAGCGGCAUGGAAGUCGCGAUCAAAAUGAUCGACAAGAAAAUGAUGCAGGCUGCUGGGAUGGUGGGUAGAGUAAGGCAAGAAGUGGAGAUACAUUCGCGAUUAAAACAUCCGGCUAUCUUGGAGUUGUACACAUGUUUUGAAGAUGCAAACUAUGUGUAUUUAAUUUUAGAAUUAUGUCAUAAUGGGGAACUUCAACGCUUUCUCAAAGCGCAGGGCACCAAAGCUUUACCUGAAGAAAAUGCUGCCCGCAUAAUUAGACAAGUUGUACAAGGUUUACUUUACCUCCAUUCCCAUCAAAUACUUCACAGAGAUAUGUCAUUGUCUAAUCUACUUUUGACCAGAGAUAUGCAAGUGAAAAUAGCAGAUUUUGGAUUAGCUACACAAUUAACUAAACCAGAUGAAAAACAUGUGACCAUGUGCGGCACACCAAACUACAUUUCUCCUGAAGUUGCUACAAGAUCCUCACAUGGACCAGAGGCGGAUGUAUGGAGUUUGGGAUGUAUGUUGUAUACUUUAUUGGUGGGUAAACCACCAUUCGACACUGAUGCAGUUAAGAGUACUUUAACGCGAGUAGUAAUGGCUGAUUACAUAAUGCCAUCUUAUUUGUCGGAUAAUGCAAAAGAUUUAAUAGAAAAAUUACUGAGAAAAAAUCCGAAAGAGAGGAUACGUCUACGGGAUAUUCACAAACAUCCAUUUAUAACAAAUAUAGAAAGAAAUAGGCUAUAUAAUGAAAAAAAUGACAUAGGAGGUAAAGAUUUAUUAACUAAUGGUAUGAUAGAUUCUGGGCUAGGUAGGACACUAUCCUCAUACGGUCGGUCGAAAGUGCGAUCUCGGUCGGAGGAAAGAACGUCGACAACGCCGAUAAUGCCUAUGAUUAGUAUGAGAAGCGAGGCAUUAUCUGAACCUGUUGCAAAAAUACAAUCAAAUUACAGAGUGAGAUACGGGAAUUACGCGAAAGAAGACUCUGUGCUGCUAGGUAUUCCAUCAUUUCGCAGGGUGUUCUCGCAAAACGAGCAGUACAACAAUUACAAUGAAUAUGAUCAUUUAGAGAAGCAGAAAAUGAUAGUAAGGAACAAUAAACCAAAAAAGGAAAAGAGCGCGGAAAAUCAUAAUGUGGAAGGAACUGAGGAAAGCGUAAAGUUACAAGUACCUCCUUUGAAUACCAAUAGAUUACAACCCACUAGACACAGAACGAACACCGCGAUUCUUACGCUUCUAGACAAUGGAGAAGUGUGCACUGAGUUUGUUAAACGUAAAAAUGGCAGGGAAAAAAUCAGCGAUGUGUGCAGAAUAUCAGGCGAUGGUCUACGUGUCGUUCUUUACAAACCAGUAACUACAGAAGUUGGCUCGCAACCACCACCAUUGCCCAGUCGAGGUGCUGAUAGUAUUUAUUCCUAUGAGAAUUUACCAGCAUGUCAUCAUCGAAAAUACAUGUACGCGUAUCGUUUCGUGCAAUUAGUUCAGGCGAAAACUCCAAAAUUAACGCUGUAUACCCAGCGUUCAAAAUGUGUCUUCAUGGAGAAUGGUCCACAGCCUGACUGUGAAGUGCAUUUUUACAAUGGAGUGCAGAUCAUUCGAGUAAAUGGUGUCAUAAAAAUCACCGAUCACAAUGGUGAUACAUUUGUUGAGGGUGAAUUUCCAUCGCAUCUCGAAAGCUAUUGCGAACAUUACUCGGAGUGCUAUAAACGAUGUUUACUACUGGAAUCCACUUUGACGUCUUUGGAGGCGGCCACUGGGCAUCCUUGUUUUCCUGUGAUAAUUGGACGAAGGCCUAGCACGGCUUUGAAUGAUGUUCCCUAUUUACAGGGAAAAGAAAAUAUAUCGCAUAUUAGAAAUGUUUCUCCCGUCUUGCCGUCAUUCAAUGGUAGCUGUUCCGUCGUUUCGACGAUGACUUCUAGAUCGCGCAAGAUGAAUUCUAUGCAUAGUUUGAAUAAUGCAAAUAAAGUAGCGGUACCAGGAGUUGGAUUCGCUACAAGAUUAUCGUCCGGUGAUAUCCGAGUUGACUACAAAGACGGGUCCGCUUUAACUGUAAGUCCGCAAAAUCAAGAUAGCAUCACAUACGAAAGUAAUGAUGGUGUUAUUGUACGAUAUAAUAAGCAUCACCAGCAAAAUUUGGAAGUGCCAGUUCAAGAGAAACUUCGUCAAUUGCCAAUGGUUAUCCAAUAUCUCAUGGAACCAAGGCACAUAUGUAUCCGGUAGCUUCAAUUGAAAAUAUUGAAUAUUUUUGUACAAUAUGACUGAAAAAUCACUCUCGAAUGACUAUAACGGAGAAGAGAAAUGUAAAUAGUACUAUUAAUUUAAAAGUAAUUAUUACAAAUGUGGGACUUAAAUGAAAAUUUUUUUAAUAUACAAAGGAAAAUUCUACAGAAUAACAUUUGAUAUCUGCCACUCAAAGUAACAAACUAUACAG